CCUGUGAUCACCUGACCAAAUUGCUGCUAAUGCCUAUACAUUAAGCAGGUUACCGUUGACACAUGAGGUAUUAGUGUGCAUUUAGCUGUCUACUAGCCAUGACCUUCAUAGCCAAGUCCUUCUAUGACCUCACUGCCACAGCUCUGGGUGGUGAAACUGUGGACUUCAACAAUUUCAGGGGGAGGGUGGUGUUGAUUUUGAAUGUAGCUUCUCUCUGAGGGACAACAACCAGGGAUUAUACCCAGCUAAACGAGCUGCAAGAGAGGUUCCCUCGGCGGCUGGUGGUGCUGGGAUUUCCCUGCAACCAGUUUGGAUAUCAGGAGAACUGCAGCAAUGAAGAGAUCCUGAACAGCUUGAAGUAUGUGCGACCUGGAAACGGUUUUGUGCCCAACUUUACACUCCUACAGAAGUGUGAGGUGAAUGGGAAGAACACCCAUCCUGUAUUCGCCUACCUAAAGGACAAGCUGCCAACUCCUGAUGACGACUCCACAGCGUUCAUGACAGAUACCAAGCAUAUCAUCUGGAGCCCUGUCAACCGCUCUGACGUCACUUGGAAUUUUGAGAAGUUUCUUAUCGGGCCAGAAGGAGAACCUUUUAAACGCUACAGCAGGAGGUUUGAGACUAUCAACAUUGAGCCGGACAUUCAACGACUGCUAAAAAUUGCCAAAUAAACACAUUCGGCUCCCUCCAAAACAACGUUUCUUAAUAAAGCACCGAAGUGAGAUAGGACAAACCGAUUCUGUAAGAAAAGCGGAGCCCCCCCGACACACACACACACACACACACACACACACACACACACACACACA